AUGUCCGUGAAGUCUGUACCUACAUUCGACGAGCUACCUGUGGACAAGAAGGGACCUUUCUUGAAUGCUUGGGGCUUAUAUGGAGAUGAUGACCAGCUAGGCUUCUUGAAUCGUCUCACUGAUGAACUGGUCAAAGACGCAGCCCAAGAGAUACAAUCUGGCACCAGAAUAUCUCUGAACUGGCCCAUGGACGCACAGAACGAUAUACCGUUCUUCGGCCGACAAGUCUUCCACAAGCAUGUCUAUCAGAAGCCACCUCGUGUCGUUAAUGACGACGUCUGGACGUUCAACACGCAAAGCAGCAGUCAAUGGGACGGCCUCAGACACUUUGCAUAUCAAAAGGAGGCAAAAUUUUACAACGGAGUAACUCUAGACGAUAUUCACAGCGACAACUCCACCAUCAACGGCAUCGGAGCCUGGAGCGAAAAAGGCAUCAUCGGUCGCGGUAUCCUCCUCGACUAUGAAGCAUGGCGAGAAGAACACAAUCACCCUCUCAAGGACGCAUUCAAAUCAGGAGCCAUAACACUAUCUGAGCUGAAAGCAGUUGCCGAGUGGGAAGGUGUGGAGAUCAAGUUUGGCGAUAUUCUCAUCAUUCGCUCAGGGUAUAUGGCUCAAUAUUACAAACGCUCGCAUGAUGAGUUGGAAGCUCUGAGCAAAAUCUUGCCGCCUACAUUCUUGGGUGUGGAACAGAGUGAGGAGGUAUUGCGUUGGAUUUGGGACAACUUUUCUGCGGUCGCUGGAGAUCAACCAUCUUUUGAAUGCUGGCCGUCGUCUCAACCUUACAUGCUUCACGAAGUCCUGCUAGCAGGCUGGGGCUGUCCUAUCGGCGAACUCUUCGACCUCGAAGCUUUGUCUGUUCAGUGCAAGAAAAGCAAGCGGUACAGCUUUUUCAUCGCGAGCGAACCUUGCAACGUCCCGGGUGGUGUCGCAAGUCCACCAAACAUCAUCGCGAUCCAGUAA